AUGGGUCGAUGGGGAUGGCGUCUGUUCGAAGGCGAUCAGGACCUUGACAUCGUUCUCUCCUUGUCCCACGACGGUCUAGGCAUCAAGACCGGUGACUGGGAACACCGGUUGAGUACGAUGGUUCAUCAAACCGACAUGCUGGCACCACAGGAGGCCGUCGCUCUCUACAGCACUCCUGAAUAUGCCCACUCGCUAGCCAAUGUCAUAGUCCCGUACGUCCGCCAGAGGCUCGACACUGACAACCUCGGAGAACGGAUGUUCGCUGCCAGUCGUGCCAUGGAAUCGGAGCGGGACGAUCUUUUCCAAGAGUCCAAGUACCGCACUAUUAUCUUCGGUGCUCGCAUCAACGCAGCGGAUCUACAGCAUCUACGUGAUCUAGUGCCCCAAGUCAACUGCACCUCCCGUCGAACAAUCUUUGAGGACCAUGGCUUUAGAAGUCCAGGAAAGGCUCAGUUCCUGGCUGCCUUGGAUCACUAUCAGCCUGGCGUUGCACGUAGCUUCCAGGAGCCUAGCUGCUUCAAGUGUGGAAAAAUCGAGGACGACAUCGGUCACAAGCCUCUGCAAUGCAAGAAGUGCAAAGUCGCGACGUACUGCAGCAAGGACUGCCAGCGUGACCAGUGGCGUGAGCACCGAGUGAGCUGCAUUCCCCCGGGACAACGCCGGAUGCUGAACGUCUGA